AUGGUCUCUAAGCCCAAGGCUACUUCCUCCGGCACCUCGUCACAAGCGCCCUCCACCCCAUCCAGAGCAGUCACCUCUACCCCUGCCGCGCCUCCCGCCCCAGCCCCAUCUGCCGCUUCCACUACACCGGCUGUUCCUUCGACUCCCUCCCCGGCCGCCGCGGGGGCCGCCCAGGCACAGGGCUCCGCAUUCAAUGACCCCUCCGCAUUGCUGAGUGGCACUCAGAGCGAAGCUGUCGUGGCUCAGAUGGAGGCAAUGGGUUUCGCUCGGAGUGAUGUUAACCGUGCAAUGAGGGCUGCUUUCUUCAACCCCGACCGUGCUAUUGAAUACCUUUUGAAUGGUAUCCCCGAGAACAUUCAACAGGAACAGCAACAGCAAGCCGCUGCCGCUAGCGCACCCCAGACUGCUGCUCCCGAAAGCGCUCCGUCCGCUGGUGACGACGAACCGGUCAACCUGUUCGAGGCUGCCGCUCAGGCUGGUGGCCAGGAGGGAGGAGCUCGAGGAGCUCGAGCUGCUGGUGGCGCUGAACUCCCGAGUCUCGAAUUUCUUCGCAACAACCCCCACUUCCAGCAGCUUCGUCAGUUGGUCCAACAACAACCACAAAUGCUCGAGCCCAUCCUUCAACAAGUCGCCGCUGGAAACCCCCAAAUCGCGCAGCUCAUUGGUCAGAAUGAGGAACAAUUCCUGCAGCUCCUGAGUGAGGAGCCUGAUGAUGACGAGGCGCUGCCCCCUGGUACGACUCAAAUUCACGUCACGGAAGAGGAGAGAGAUGCCAUUGAACGCGUGCGUAUACCAUAA